AUGUCAACCAGUUUUUCACUCUUUGAUAAUUCCAAACAUUACAUUAUGUUGGACGAGUUGAAGCAAUUAUACAUUGUUGUUUCAUGUACAAAGCAGAGAUUAUGGAUUUGUGAUAGCACAGAGCAAUCAAAGCCUAUGUUUGACUAUUGGAUUAAGAAGUGUCUUGUUCAUAUUAAACAACUUGAUGAUUCACUAGUAUCUUCAAUGCAAGUCCCAAGCAGUCAACAAGAGUGGAAAUCACGGGGCAUCAAGCUGUAUUAUGAGCACAACUACGAAAUGGCCUCAAUUUGCUUUGAAAAAUCUUGUGACAUAUAUUGGGAAAGAAAAUCUAAAGCUGCUAGCCUUAAAGUUAUGGCUGAUCGUAUCUAUUCUUCCAAUUCUCAAGAAGCUAAUUCUCUCCUUAGGAAAGCUGCUGAGAUAUUCGUAGAUAUAGGCGAAGCUGAUUCUGCUGCUAGAUGUUUUUGUGAUUUGGGGGAGUAUGAAACCGCAGGUAGUGUAUAUUUGAAAAGUUGUGGCGAGUCUAAGCUACAAAGAGCUGGAGAAUGCUUCACUCUUGUAGGUUGCUAUGAGCGUGCAGCUGAUGCCUAUGCUAGAGGAAAUUUUUUCUCCAAGUGUCUAAAUAUAUGCACCAAAGGGAAGUUAUUUAGCAUGGGUUUGACGUACAUAGAGCACUGGAAACAACAUGCUAAGAAAGAGGGUGAUAUAAACACUAAGGCUGAAGAGAUAGAAAAAAUUGAACAGGAGCUUUGGAAGGGAUAUGCUCUCAAUUGCUAUGUGCUCAAAGAUACUAAAUCCAUGAUGAAUUGUCUCAAAUCAUUGAAAUCAAUGGAUUUAGUUCGUAAAUUUUUGAGGCCAUUAGGUUGCUUUAAUGAACUUAUGUUGUUGGAAGAACAAUCAGGAAAUUAUAUGGAGGCUGCAGAAAUUGCAAAGCUGAAAGGAGAUGUACUUUCUGUAAUAGAUCUUCUUGAGAAGGCUGAGAAGUAUAAAGAAGCAGCAACUCUUAUUAUUUCCUAUGUUCUUGCCAACUCACUCUGGUCAUCUAGUAAAAAGGGCUGUGUCAAAUUGUUCGCUUUGGAGAUUUGUCUGCCACAAUCAUCUUGA